AAAUGACGUAAUGAAGUUACAGUCCGACAGGGAACCACAAUUCCCAUGAUGCAUUUGAAAUUACCGUGGCCACUGGACGGGGGAAGGGAAGCUGAGAUUGGAGGGAGAAACAGUCAGAAACUGAGUUUUCAGAUAUUGUGUACAUAUGACAGCCCCUGCUCUGGACUCUGAACAUUCAAUAACUCUAUCCAUGACCCCCAUCUCACUGGAAAUCUUCUCAUCUUACGUUGGACGCGUGCUGAUGUUUCAUGUGAGGCUAAAGACACAAUAAACCCAGCCAAGUCAAUUAAACCUUACUGGUACCUCUGUGUGCGCACUGGAUUUGUCUCUUGAGUGCCAAAGUAAUGAAGACUCCUGGACGGGGAGAGCCCAGUCCUGAAAAGCAAUGUCAUCCUUCCACCUUCUGUGUACGUGUGAUGGAGCUGAGGAGUGGACCCAGUGGCCAAGAAGAUCUGCGGAGGAGAGGAAGGAGGCAGGUUUCCAGGAAACUUGUGCAUUGAUGGAUUGCAAUUUCCUCCCGUCAGCUCUUGUAGACUGAUACCUGCACAUUCCUAUCAGCGUACGCACUCAAGGUUACACUUUAGAGUAGCUAAUAAAACAAAGCUGCCAUCAAAAACCACACAAUCAUCGUGGAUACACAGAUGUGCACAUUAUGGAUUUCUUCUGCCAGUGACAGUUUGUGGAAAUCACACUAGGGGGACUGUGGACGUUGAGUUCUGUGUGUAUGAAGGAGAAAAGCAUAAAUACUUGCCGUCACUACUAAUGUACACUACAGAAACCAUGGUGGUCCUUGCAUCGGCUCCUCAGCCCAUCGUCGUCCACGACUACAGCAGCCUUUAGAGGCCGGGAUCAGGAACACGCUCGCCAGCCAACACACUCGUAUGCAAUGGAAGAAGACAUUGAUGUCACACCCCACACUGAGGGCCUGAAUGGUUUGUCCCACGAAUGUAAACCAUUAGAGGAAAUCACCAAUGGACACUCCAACCAUAAGCCUGUCAUGAACGGACUGAUAAUUAGUCAUAAUGUCAAAGAGCAGACCAACGGCAGCGCACCACUCAGAUCCCUGCCGAUUUCAGCACUGAAGCAGAAUGGUCUUCUUCAGACUCUGGCAGCCGGGGGGGACCAGCCUCAGCUUGCAGAGGAAAAUGUGGAGUUGGAAAAGGCCAGAGAGGAGUGGGAGGCUCUGGAGAACGUCCAACCAGCUCUCACUGAGGACUCGAGCCCAACCCCGAUCAUCUCCUUUAAUGAAGCCUUGCAGUACUUCCAGACCACAGACCUCGGGGAUUUGCUGAAGAACAUCCAGCCCACCAUUCGCAGGACCGGUCUGGCCGCGAUCACACACUUCCUGUUCGGACCUCCACGGCUGCACAGGGAGCUGCUGGAGGAGAGGGACCUGGUGUUUGCCAUCGCACAGUGCCAUGUGGACAACAGCCAAACCGUCCACAUGCGUGUCCUCCAGACCAUUUAUAAGAGGCUGAUAGGCAGCAGGCUGGACUGUCCUCGCUUCGGGGCGCACUGGGAAAACAUCGGCUUUCAGGGUACAGACCCAGCCACUGACCUGCGUGGCACUGGUUUCCUGGGUCUGAUGCAUACGCUGUACUUUGUGAUGGACCCAGAGACUCUACCGUUGGCUAGAGACAUCUACAAGUUAUCACAACACCCCACACAGAACUUUCCAUUCAGUGUGAUGUCAAUCAACAUGACCCGCAUCGCUCUGCAAGUACUCAGAGAGGAAGCUUUGUCAAAGGAGUGCAAUCGUCGUCAGCAGGUGGUCGGUGUUCUCAAUGACUUCUACGUUGCCACGUAUCUGCACCUGUACCAACUGUGGAAGACCCAACAGAAGACCAUCGUAGACUCUGGCUUUGUACUAAAAGAAGUGGAGUUGUUUGCCAAAAAGAACCCGAAGCAGAUGCUGCGCCGACUAGAGGUCUUCCUGAAAGAGAGGCGGGCAGGUGGGGCCCCCCGCGGGACGUCGCCGGACCCUCAGGCCCAGCAGCCCUCUCCCAGCCUGGGGGCCAGGGCCGGAUCGGGACAGGGGAGCAAAGGAAAGGAGAUGCACUUCACAGGAGUGUGUGAUCUACCGCCAGACAUGGAGGGAGAGGCCAGACUCAUCUAAGCUAGACUCUCUGUGUGUGUGUGUGUGUGUGUGUGUGUGUGUGUGUGUGUGUGUGUGUGUGUGUGUGUGUGUGUGUGUGUGUGUGUGUGGUGUGUGUGUGUGUGUGUGUGUGUGUGUGUGUGUG